UUCAAAGUCAGGAAUAUGCUUUUCCGGGAUUAGUACGUCUUUGCUUUCAUAACGUUAACUUCUGAUUGCUGUAUCGUCUCAUUUAUGUAAUGCUGCUCGGUUAUUGCUGAGCUUCCGUUAAUAAGGAACGAGUGUCUGCUGUACCGGUAUCAACUUUAAACGUUGAAAUCUUGAAGGAUGAAGCUUGCUGUGCUGGGCGCCACAGGGCAAACUGGUCAAAACCUGGUGAAACAGGCAUUGCAACAGGGCCACGUGGUCACCGCACUAGUUCGGACUCCAAGCAAACUGACACUUGAACACGAUAACUUGAAGGUCAUCGAAGCAAACAUUUUCUCAGAGGAAAGUCUUACCGCUCACUUCAAAGAUCACGAUGCUGUAAUAUCCUGCCUGGGGUUUUCUCCAGCCUUCUUCUCCUACAUCACAGGAUAUACUGAUUCCAUGAAAGCUGCAGUGAAUGCCAUGCGACAGGCAAAAGUUAACAGAAUGAUUGCCAUGACAUCUUGGUACACUGAACCUAAUUCUGGGACGCAGUCCUCUUACCUGAUACGCUUUUUUCUGCUGCCAAUGAUUCGAAGUGUGCUGACCAAUAUGCAUCAGAUGGAAACCUUUUUACAGCAGAAUUGUGAUGAUAUUAACUGGACUGUGGUGAGACCUCCUGGGCUUAUGAACCAGCCAGCAUCAGCCAAAGAAUUCCUAACCCACGAAGGCUACUUUGUCCCUGACUCCAGUGGAUAUCCAGUCGGAAACUCAGUAGGCCGAGGGGACGUGGCUCGUUUUAUGCUGUCGCUUCUCAACAGUAAUGCAUGGGUCAAAAAGGGUGUGGCUAUGACCACAAAAUAGCCAGUCUGAAAAUAACAGUACACCGGGUACCUGGUUUAAAAGGAACCAGUUCACACAUCUCUACUUUGAACUUCCUGUGUAAAUGUUCUGAUGUCUUAAGAAUAGUUAUUGUUUUCACACCUUCUGUAAACAAUGAAAUACAAAUACAUAUUUUUUUUAAAGAACAAUUCAUGUGUAAGACCAUCUCCAACCCAGUAAUUUUUCUGUAAUGUAUGUAACAUUUGAAGGUUAUUAAUUAUAUACAGAUAAAUGUUGUAA